AUGAUGACUCAAGUGAAGCGAAACCAGCUGAUCACUGGCGCCCUUCGCGUGUCAAACCUGAACAACCAUCACAACAUCCUUCAAACCGAGACCAUAUUAUCAGGAAAUCGGCAACGCAACAGUUCCAACAUCAUCCAGUCAGUCAUCAUCAAGCGUCUUCGGCUCAAAAUGGACGUGGAAUGUCAAUGCGGCACAGUUGUAUUCAAGACUCCAGCACCUGAACCCCUUGAUAUCUACUGCUGCCACUGCUCGCAAUGUCGCAAGCAAUCUGCUUCAGCAUUUGGUACAUCGGCAAUCUUCCCCGCUGAUGGCCUCUUCCCGCUCUCGGAUGAUCUCGAGUCGAAGCUGCAGGUCUGGACUCGUCCCACAAAGAGCGGCGGGCACAUGGACUGCUUUUUCUGCCGGCUAUGCGGGAGCCGGGUUUUUCAUCGCACAUAUGAUGAGAAUGGAGUACCCAAAUCAACAGUCAGCAUCGAAGGGGGACUGAUCUUGGGACUCAAGAUGGACAGGGGAAAGCAUAUCUGGACGAGCAGCGCGGUCUGGCAAGGAUUGAAAGGCUCUGAAGGCCUCAAAGUGAGCAAAUACAUCUGCAAUCCUCGUUUGGCUGUUGAAUAA